UUGAGCAAGAUGGCGUCUUGCAGAAACGUGUGUUAGCAGAGUAUCUUUGUUGUGUUGAGAAAGAGGUAAAAUGUGUAAAGUCCAGAUGCUGAGAGCGUUGGUGGAGCAGCGACUAACUGCGGCUGCUGAAGAGAUAUUUGGGCUGUUUGAAAGAACGAUAGCAGAGUACGAGGAGGAACUUUGUCGUUCAAAAGAGGAAAACGAGCGACAACGGGAGCUACUGGACGCUGUUUACAACCCUCAGCUUCGGCUACACAGAGCAGAUGUUGAGCAGCUGUCGGUGGUUAAUCCUGAGACCGAUGACUGUGUUGAUUGGAAGGAGACCAGAGAACCUCAGUCAGCUUUAAACUCUCUGAAACAACAUGAUUCAAGAUGUAAGAAAACAUUCAGCUGCUCUGAGUGUGGGAGAAGAUUUGGCAACAGGGGACAUCUGAAUGAUCACAUGAGAAUCCACCCGGGAGAGAGGAAAUACAGCUGCUGUGUUUGUAACAAGAGAUUUAUCUGGCGUCAACAGGUCAGAACACAUAAAUGCGUCGACCUUCAGUCGUCACAGCUUCAUCAGAGUCAACCGGAGGAGAACAGAGAGGCACAGCAUCCAGCCAGCAGAGAAACUCAACACAUGGAAACAGAAGCUGAUGGAGAGGACUGUGGAGGACCAGAACCAGCCAGGAACUCACAUCCACUUUUACACCCAGAGACUGAAGACCAGACUGGAGACUGCAGAGUUCCUAUCAGUGAUUUGAGAUGUAGUUCUGUUAAAAAACCUUUUAUCUGCCAUGAGUGUGGGAAAGGAUAUGCCCGUGAUCGACAUCUGAAGGAACACAUGAGAACUCAUACCGGAGAGAAGCCUUUUAGCUGCUCUCAGUGUGACAAAAGAUUUGGCUGUGAGCAACAUCUAAAGGAACACAUUAAAAUUCAUACAGGGGAUAAGCCUUUCAGCUGCUCUGAGUGUGGGAAAAGAUUUGGCCACAAGGAAACUCUGAAGACACACUUGAGAACUCACACAGGUGAAAAACCUUUCCGCUGCUCAGUCUGUACGAAAUCUUUUACACAGAGUGGAAAUUUACGGUCACACAUGGCAGCGCACACAGGAGAGAAACCUUUCAGCUGCUCGGUCUGUAAGAAAUCUUUUACAGAGAGAGGAAGCGUAAAGGCACACAUGAGAAUCCACACAGGGGAGACGGCAUUUAGCUGCUCCGAGUGUGGAAAAAGAUUUUGCUACAAGUCCCUCCUGAAGAUACACAUGAGAAGCCACACAGGAGAGAAACCUUUUAUUUGCUCUGAGUGUGGGAGAAGAUUUAAGAACAACUCAAAUCUGAAGAAACACUCGAGAACUCACACAGGAGAGAAACCUUUCAGCUGCUCAGUCUGUGAUCAAAGAUUUGGCCGCAAGACAAACCUGAAUAGACACAUGAUAACUCACACAGGAGAGAAAGCCUUCAGCUGCUCAGUCUGUAAGACAUCUUUUACACAGAGUGGAAGUUUAAAAAAACACAUGAAACAACACACAGGAGAGGAACCGUCUACUUCCUGUGUUAGUGACAUCAGAAAGCAGCAGGAGUGGAGCUCCAGUGUGGACCAGGAGCAGCCAGAGAAUAGGCUCGUUGGAGAUGAACCGCGCCUCGCCUGUAAAGUAGACGAGAGCAGGCGGCAGCAGAAGGACGCGGUGACAAAAAGCCGCGGUCAAGUCGGACAGUUUCCAGCCGUUUCCAGCAGGCUUCACAGGAAGUGACAGAAACACUGUGGUCCGAUUUCGA